AUGGCGGAGCUCGGGUUCCGUCUCCCGGAGGAUGCAUUUGAGCCCAAAGCGCUGCCGGGCUCUUGUCGCUUCUUCAACUCUACCACUCCAAAACCAUUGGAAACUUACUUUAAACAUGAUGUGAAAUGUUAUGUGAGAAAGCAGCUGGAAUGCAUGGAGCUUCCUCUAUGGAGGGUUGAUGACCCAGCUGAGAACCUGUGGGUCAGACCAAUUGACAAUGUUAUUGUAUAUGUCUGCCACAAACAGCUUGAUCAGCAAGAAUCAGAUGAUGCACUGAACAACUGGAGGAGGCCUCAUGUUAACCCUCAUUGGGAACUUCAUCCAGCAGAUAUUGAAGAGCAGUGGACAUUGCUUAUUUUGAUGAAUGCAGCAUGGGCUGUAAUAGAUAGGGCACUAAGAUCAAGAGUGGGAGUAUUCCAAAUGUCUUUAAUUGGUGAAGCUGUUCAAUUAACCCCUAGACGAUGGCUGAACCUGCAGGAGUACCAAAGCAAAAAAAUAAUGGCAGACCAUGGGGUUACAGUUCAGAGAUUCUUCGUAGCUGAUUCUGCAAAUGAUGCCCUGGAGGCUGCUCAGAGACUAAAGGCAAAAGAAAUUGUUCUGAAGGCACAGAUUCUGGCUGGAGGGAGAGGAAAGGGUAUUUUCAACAGUGGACUGAAAGGAGGAGUUCAUCUAACUAAAGACCCUAAGAUUGUUGAACAGCUUGCUAAACAGAUGAUUGGGUACAAUCUGUCAACAAAACAAACUCCAAAGGAUGGUGUGACAGUUAAGAAGGUGAUGGUUGCAGAAGCACUGAAUAUUUCCAGGGAAACAUACUUUGCAAUUUUGAUGGACAGAGCCUGCAAUGGACCUGUUAUGGUUGGCAGUCCCAGGGGUGGUGUUGACAUAGAAGAAGUUGCAGUUACUAGCCCAGAACUUAUCUUUAAGGAGGAAAUAGAUAUUUUUGAAGGCAUAAAGGAUCAUCAGGCAUUGCAGAUGGCAAAAAAUUUGGGUUUCAAAGGACCUCUGCAGCAGCAGGCAGCUGAUCAAAUUAAGAAGCUGUAUAAUCUAUUCUUGAAAAUUGAUGCCACUCAGGUUGAAGUGAAUCCCUUUGGUGAAACUCCAGAAGGGCAAGUUGUUUGUUUCGAUGCCAAGAUAAACUUUGAUGACAAUGCAGAAUUUCGGCAAAAAGAAAUAUUUGCCAUGGAUGACAAGUCUGAAAAUGAGCCUAUAGAGAACGAAGCUGCCAAAUAUGACUUAAAGUAUAUAGGACUGGAUGGAAAUAUUGCUUGCUUUGUCAAUGGAGCUGGACUUGCAAUGGCAACAUGUGAUAUAAUAUCCUUGAAUGGUGGAAAGCCAGCCAACUUCUUGGAUCUUGGUGGAGGUGUGAAAGAAGCACAAGUAUAUCAAGCAUUCAAGCUGCUGACUGCUGAUCCAAAGGUUGAAGCAAUACUUGUGAACAUAUUUGGUGGGAUAGUGAACUGUGCCAUCAUAGCCAAUGGUAUCACCAAAGCCUGCCAAGAGCUUGAGCUGAAAGUGCCUCUGGUGGUCAGACUGGAAGGAACAAAUGUUCAAGAAGCCCAGCGUAUUCUGAACGAAAGUGGACUCCCCAUCACAUCUGCAAGUGACCUUGAGGAUGCAGCAAAGAAGGCAGUGGCUAGUGUGGCCAAAAAAUAA